AUGUCUGACCGAGAAUUCAACUCAAACGAUGACCUGUCGCUGCCCAAAGCGACGGUCCAGAAGAUUAUUACCGAGAUUCUACCACCUAGCUCCGGCCAAACCUUCUCCAAGGAUGCGCGUGACUUGCUUAUGGAAUGCUGUGUUGAAUUCAUCACCCUGAUCUCCUCUGAAGCGAACGAUAUCAGUGAGAAGGAGGCCAAGAAGACCAUCGCUUGUGAACAUGUGGAGAAGGCAUUACGGGAUCUCGGCUUCAGUGACUAUAUUGCCGAUGUACUCGCUGUUGCCGAAGAACACAAGCAGCAGCUGAAGUCACGAGAGAAGAAGCAGAGCAAGAUGGAGCAAAGUGGCCUGACAGAGGAGGAGCUUCUAAGGCAACAACAGGAGCUAUUCCGAUCAGCGACUGACAAAUACCAUGCGGUCCCAGAAUAG